AUGUCUUCAAGUCAAUUCAACCAUCCAAUAAAAAUACCUAAAGAUAAGAAACAUAGAGAGGCAUUGUCAGUUGUUGAUUCAUCUUCUCUUUUGGAAAUUUUGAAAAGUUUUGGAAUAAUUGUCAAGACAAAAGUCAAUUUUUGUGGACGAAAACAGGAUUUUGAACAUCAACUAAAAGAAUGCUUUAUGGAUAAACAAAAUUAUGAACCAAUUAUCGAAGGAACAAAUGAAGACUUUAGGCUAGAGAAUGAGCUCUAUAAUGGCAGUUUAUAUUCAACAAUUUAUAAUGAUAAUAACAUUUAUACUAAACAAUCCAAGAUAAUUAUUCGAUUCAAAUGUGAUUUUGAUCAUUUAAAUAGAAUUGAAAAACAGAGUUUCAACAAGGCAAAUAAGAGUACGAGGGGGGAUAUUUUCAAAAAGAUUGUAAAGACAGAUAGAAAGAAUGCUAACAUGAUACGUAUUGAAUUUGAUUUGAAAUUCAAUUCCAUCACAGAAAUUGUCAAAUAUUUGAAUUUAUCCAGUUCGAAGGUUAUGUUAGAGAAUGAAAUACUUUCAAGAUUGGUCGAUGUUCUUGAUGUUGAUCCAGAAAAAAAGCAAGUUUAUAUCAAGCUCAAAACGUUUGAUUCUUGUAAAACCACAAACUUGACUAGUUACCUACUGAUGGGGAAAAUUGAUGGCAGCAAUUCAUGUUUCAUGUUGGAUUUAACAAACCUCAAACAUUCUUACAAUCUCCUCACAAUUGACCAAAUUUACAGACAUUUUACACCUAAAAAACUGAAAGGUAGAAUUUACAAUAAGGGAAAUCCUAGUACUUUCCACGAUUGUAAAGAAAUUGGAGUGUACAGAGUCUUAAUUGGAUGUUUCUUUGUUUGCAUGACAGAUACAUUAGCUGGAAUCUACACCAAAAGAGAAAAACUUCGAGUAAUCGAAUCAUCCACCUUUAGUCCAGAUAUUGUGGACACUAAAAAAACAACUAGCACUUUUGAAAUGAUUGCAGAGCACACAACAACGUUCGAUUAUUUCUAUUACGAUCACUCUUACUAUGGAGGUAUAAUAGAUACUGGUUAUUACAAAUUUGAAUUGAAAUCACCCUGUAGAUUCUAUUGUGAUUAUGGUGAUUUAAAAUUCAGAAGAGAAUUCUAUCACUUUUCAUUGUAA